ACACAGUUAAUUUUCUUAUAUGUACCCUUAUUCCAUCCAUUAUCUUCUCUCCAACACAAAAAUUGUAAUUCAAGCUCUUCAAAACUCUAGAAAAAAAUAUUAUUGCCUCGUUGACUCUUCAUCAGAAGAACACCUUCCAUAUUGACUUCGAUAUGACACAGUGUGUACCGAGUUGGGACCUCGAUGACUCUACCGUUCCUACAAAAAAUCAUCUACAAACUCAAUCCAAUUCAUUCGCCGCUGAUGUCCCCUCGUUGGACUAUGAAGUAGCGGAACUAACGUGGGAAAAUGGGCAGUUAGCAAUGCAUGGAUUAGGUCCUCCACGAGUCCCUAAUAAGUCCAUAUCAAGCUAUGGUGGCACCCUUGAAUCCAUAGUGAACCAAGCCACCCGAUGCAUCCCACCUCAACAACACAUAAAAUCCGCCGUGGACGUAAACAAAAACGGCGGAGAGGAGGUGGUCCCGUGGUUCAACAACCAGGACGCUGCCACCUACACUCCUCCAGUACCCGGCUUAGUCACCAUGACUAAGGAUGCCUUAGUGCCAUGUUCGAGCUCGGACCACCACCACCACCAGUCAGUCCACGUGCCGGGGCUAGAUGGCUCCGCACACGUGGGGUCAUGCAGUGGCGCCACCAACAGCAGAGACUGGAUGGUGGCGCCACGCAUUAAAGUAGGCCCCAGUACUACUCGACAUCAUGAGUGGAGUAGUAGGGCGGAUAUAAGUGUAAGUGGAAGUGCAACGUGCGGGGGAGAUAGCCGCCAGUUGACAGUUGACACGUUUGAUAGAGAAUUUGGUACGACGAUGUUCACUUCUACGUCGACGGGCUCGCCGGAAAACACCAGCUCCGACAAGCAGUGCACAAACAGGACUGGGGAUGACCAUGAUUCAGUUUGUCACAGCAGAGAUCAGAGGGAGGCAGGUGAUGAGGAGGAUGAUAAUAACAAAAAAGGGUGUAAAAACUCCUCAUUUUCUACAAAGAGGAAGAGGGCAGCUGCCAUCCACAACCAGUCUGAACGAAAAAGAAGAGACAAGAUUAAUGAAAGGAUGAAGACACUUCAGAAGUUGGUUCCAAAUUCGAGUAAGACGGAUAAAGCAUCAAUGCUUGAUGAGGUGAUAGAAUAUUUGAAGCAACUUCAAGCACAAGUUCAUAUGAUGAGCAGGAUGAACAUGUCCCCAGCCAUGAUGUUACCAUUGGCUAUGCAACAACAAUUACAAAUGUCUAUGAUGGGCAUGGGUAUGGGUAUGGGCAUGGGCAUGGGAGUUGCUGGAGUAUUUGAUAUCAACAACCUUAACCGCUCCAAUAUCCCUGGACUUCCCUCCUUUCUCCACCCUUCAGCCGCCACCGCAGCCGCGUUCAUGCAGCCAAUGACCUCAUGGGAUAACUCCAGUGCCACUGCUGCCCCUCCUCCCCCUGCUGCUGCUACUGCUAUGCCUGAUCCUUUAGCUGCCUUGCUCGCUUGCCAGUCGCAGCCAAUUAACAUGGAUGCAUACAGUAGGAUGGCAGCAUUGUACCAGCAAUUCCAACAGCCACAGGCAGGCUCUGGCCAUAAAAAUUGAUACUAUAAUCAGUUGUCAUAUUUGCAAAGUUUUCCUAGUUUUGUUUAUUAAUCCUUACAAGAUUAUUACUGCUGGAUUUGCCUAAAAGUUUAAAAGGACUUUUCUGAAAUAUCAGCUCAAAAGUUGAAUUGUUAUAUUGUUGCUUUCGUGAAGUGGACAAAUAUAUAAAUUUUGACUUCUUUUUUGGAGUAGUUAUGUAGCGGUUUGAAAAAAUUGUACUACUAUCUUUAUUUUAUACUCCAUUGCGAGUCAACAUUAGAGUGCGUGUAAACAAUUAUGUAUACUUGAUGAUUACGUCUAACUUUUUACAAAUAAAAGUGUCUUUUCCAUGCA